GUUGGUGGUUUAACCAACCAAGCCACUCAGGCGCCCCAGUCUGCGGACUCCUUCUUGACUCCGACCUUUGCACUGGCGAGUCCCUUCUGUGGCUACUCUUCCCCCUUGGUCUGGUGUGAUUGCCUCCCUUUUAUGACUCAGGCCUCAGCCCACAUAUCACCCCCUCCGAGAGGACUUCCCUGGGCCGGCCAAAGGAAAAGCCACUAGCACUGUAUGAGGCCAGAGUGUGCAGUCAUUUCUUCCUUCCUCAUACACGCAUAGUUGAGUAUUGUGUCUUCCCCUUCCCCUUCUCAAAUGCCAGCUCCAAGAGGACCAGGAAGUUUGCCUGUCUGUUCACUGCUGUCACCGCAGGCUUCCUGAGAGGGCUGGGCGUCCAGUAGGUGCUCAAUAAAAGCUGCUGGCCUGAGGGUGCCGGGACGUGUGCUGUUCCCAGUACUAGACGCCUGCUAUGUGUUUAUCCCUCACCCGUGGGGCAGGUGGCCACCCGUGCUGUCUCACAAAGGAUGAAACCAAUCCCAGAGAGGUUGGGCAGUUUACCCAGGGCUGCAUAGCUGGCAGGGGUGGAGCUGGGAUCCAGGCAGAGCCCAGCCAUGCCCUCUGAGGAAGUAGGCUUAGGACACCCAAAUCUCCAGAUGAGGAAAAGGCCGAAGAAGGGAAGGAGUUGCCUGAGGUCUGUCUGUAAGUGGCUGCCGCUGGAUUCGAACUCAGGUCCCCCUCCCAGUGUAGCCUUAAGCUCAUCAGACCACGUCUCUCUAGGGGAAGCACCCUCCUUCUGUGCUGGGCCCAUUAGGGGAGGGGGUGCAGGCUGUGGGUCUCCAUGAAUAAUUGAGGGUCUGGGGCAGGUGGCCGCCCAGCAGCUGUCACUCCUGCGUGGGCGGGAAGGAGGCAGUGGUGAUGUCACUUCCUCCCCUGCAGGGCCAUGGGUGCGGGUUAUAAGGAGCUGCCACACUGUCCCACGCAGCGCCGAGCACCCUGGUCGGGACAGCACCCUGGUCGGGUCACCCCCACCAUGCAGAGCCGCGGUCCCGUCUCCAUGCUGCCACUGCCCCUGCUACUGGCGCUGCUGCUGGGGGCGGCCACCGCUGCUCCCUUGGCAUCAAGACCCUCCAAGGAAGAGCUGACCCGCUGUCUGGCGGAGGUGGUCACAGAAGUGCUGACGCUGGGCCAGGCCCAGAAAAGCCCCUGCACAGCUCUCCUCCACAGAGAGAUGUGUGAGACAGAGCCCUCUGGCUGUGUGUCCACCAAAGAGAAGGGCCUACUGGUUGGGGAUUUCAAGAAGCAAGAGGCUGGGAGAAUGAGAUCCAGCCAGGAAGUGAGGGGUGAGGAAGAAGAGGCGGCAGAGAGGGCCCACAAGUCUGAGGUGCAGGAGCAGACCCUCCAUGAGCAUCUCCACAGCCGGCUCCACCAGGAGGAGGAGGACAAAGAGGAGGAGGAGGAGCAGGAGGAAGAGGAAGAGGAGAAAAGGAAGAAGAGGGAACCCUUUGAAGGCCUGUGGAAGUGGCGCCUAGAGGAGGGAGGGGGGCCCCACAAGCGAGUGGCUGAGCAGGCCAGUGACGAGGAGACAGCCCAGUUUGAGGCCGAGGAGAAGGGCAUGCAGGUGCUGGGCGGGGGCCGCAGUCUGUGGCCGGGGGCCGAGGGGGGUGGAGGAGAAAGGCACGAGGAUUCGCCACAUCACCACCGCCUCCGCCAGCCAGAAGCCGAGUCCAGGCAGGAGGAGAAGGAAGAGGCUUCGGAGAGGGAGGAGCACGACAUGGAGCGGCUGGAGCACGUGAGAGAGGAGCUGAAGAAGGCGACGGAGAUUCUGGGGGAGGAGAUCGGGAGGGAGGGAUGACCCCCGCCCUCCUGUCCUCUUUCCCGACAUACCCUGUGGCUUAGGACUGUUGACCCCCUCAAGCUCACCUAACACCCCAUUCCAGUCCCCAACCUGCAGGAACGGGGGCACGGGUGGGCCAGGCAACCAACCAGGCCCAAGGAGCCACGUCUGAGCUGGGUCGAGGGGCUGGGCUCCAACUGGCUCAGGAAACCCCUGGCCGCCCAUGUAACCCACUCCAACCCCGCCGAGUGAAUAAAGCACAAAGAAAACCA